CUGACGUUUGUUGUUUCACAACAACAAACCAUCGCAUUGUUAACGAAUUUUUUAAUGCAAUUUUCUGUAUGUGUAUUCUUGAUAAUAUUUAAUUAAGGACACAGAGAAUCAUUACUGUUAAAGUUUAUUGUAUAAUGGCUCCGAUUUCCAUCUUCAGAGUACAGAGUAGUUGCUGGGAUGAGUGAGACAGACGACACCGAUGUUUUGCUGCUCAUCCCGCCGAACUUCUUCCUUGUGCACAGCUCGGGCUCUGAAGAUUCGCCGAUAAACUCCUCCAGAACAGUAGUGCAUAAGCCCCCUUCUUGUACAGCCCAGGUUAUCGGCAAGUUGGUGAACCAAGUGCACUCGCUAGAAUCGAGGUUGGAAUCUUUGGAAAUAAACACUACGGUAACCGAUUUGAGUCUCGGCACUAUUCCGAGACGCAAGAAUUGGGACACAGACAGCUUGGACAGUCGAAGUCUUGAUAGUAAGUACUUUACCUUCCCACGACGACGACGCAGGAGAACUAUAAAAAAAGAAAAAAGAAACGAUUUUUCGCUAGCAAGUUUCGAUUCUUUAAGCAAUAGUAAAACUGUUCCGCGCCUAAAGCUUAAAGAGUUUGGGCUAGCAACAGUGGAAUCGAAGGAUACUGUGAGCAUAAAUGACUCACACAGUAUGGAUGGAGACAUCAGUAGCAUAGUUUCAACACCAAGCAAGAAGAAUGACAAAUUACUUCUCCAUGAAAUUGACGAAUUCCUGACCAAGGUGGAAGCUUAUGAGACUCCUGAUUCUAAAUGUAAAGACUUAGAAGCUUCAGUGAGUCCUGAAAAUGUUAUUAAAGCCACCACAGACUACAUAUCAAGCAAAUUUUCCAAUCAAGACUGUAAAAUAGAUGAAAUUAAACUGCCUAGUGGCAGAACAGUGCCAAGUAAUGUUUUAGACAGGUAUAUUUAUUUGGUGAAAAGCAAUCCAUCAUCAGCUACACAUAGUGAGAAGGCGCUGCCUUCAACAAGUGCAUUAAAAACUCAAUCCAAUGAUGAUUCAGCACCCAAUCCGUCUAGUAUCACUUCAAGUGACUCGAGAAAACCUUCAGAUGCCUCAAAACAUGUAACGGAGGUCAAGUCCCCUAGUAUUCGUAGGCUAAACUUCUCAGACAAGGAUGUGCAGCCCACGUCAACACCAAAACGACCGCAGCCGUCUUCCUACUUAGAUAGCUUUAAGCCAUCUUCAAAUAAAAUAUAUGAUAGAGCUUCAAAAGUUCUUGAGCAGUAUAAGUCCCAGAAUUACAGUCGUAGUAAUUCACAUUCUAUGACAGAUAGCUACUUGUUAUCUAAAGAGGAGUUCAAAAUGCCACAGAUGAGGCCAUUUGUAUCAGAAAACAAGGAAUCAUUGAGGAAUAGAAUGAUGGAAUCCAUUGACACAGAUCUACUGAGUUUGAGUGAGUUGUGGGGAGAGAAAGUAGAUAAGGGGGAAAGAGGAGACACUCUUAAAUUGGAGGAAGAAAGAUUAAAAAGAGAGCAUUGUGAGGAUAUGAUCCAACAACUGCAAAAGAAAAUACUCGAUCAACAAGAGAAGUUGGCUGUGGCCAUUAAGGUGGACCGAGCUAAGGAUGCGGCCAUUACUAAACUACGAGAGGCCUGGUUGAGACUCACGGGGAGUCUGGAUAAAGCUGAGGAGAGACACAGAGCUGCCCUAGACAAGAUGCUGAGGGAGGUAGACAACUUUAAACAGGUUGCUAAUGAAGCUCAAAAGAAAACCAAUCACUUCGAAGAGGAACUGUACAAAGCUUUAGAUUUAGCUCACGAUUACCAAGACAAGUGCAAGCAACUCUCAAACCAGAUACGCGACAAUCAGGAAGCCGUCGACAAAGUCGUAGCCAGCAAGCAUGAGGCUCUGGCUAGAAAAGACGAGGAGAUUCAAGUACUGAAGGAUAAUUAUGAAACUGUCAUGAGGUUGAACAAGCAGUCCACAGAUUGUGUGAGAAAUUUAGAAGAGGCUUUGGAAAAGGAACGCUCAGGCCACGAGGUAACAAAGAGCAAAGUAUCGGAACUCCUCCGUAAGAUGCAGUCAGUGGAUGAUGAAACAAGCCUGGUGCAACAAGAGAGGGACCUUCUAAAAGACAAGGUCAAUGAAGAGCGAGCUCGGGCGAACUUGUUAGAUAGGCAGCUCAGCGAGAAGCAGAACCAGAAUAGUGAACUGAUGCAGAGAUGCGACUCCCUAGAAUCCGAAGUCAAAACCCUUCACAAACACCUGGAGCUCCAGAAGACAGAGCUUAAAACGCACUAUCAGAAGCAGCUGGAAGACGCGGUGUUAGCCAAGCUUCAAGAGUUCCAGCAGCAGCUCGACCUGGCGGAGAGACAGAUGGAGCACGACGCGAGGGUCAAGGAGAACGAUGUCGUUGACAGCUUCCACAAGCAGAUAGCCCGGAUUGAGGAGCAACAUAAACUAGAAGUGAACGUAUUGGAAGAGAAGCAGCGGGAAGAGAUCAAACUAUACAGGUUACAGCUGGCACAGGCUAGCGAGAAGAUUGGCUUGCUUGAGAACAAACUGGACACGUACCGUCGUCGCCGCGGCCAGAUAGCUUCGCAGCUGCAUAGCGUCAUGGAGUCCCAGUGGCGGCAGGCGCUGCUCAUACUCACCAACGGGAACCCCAGCGUCUCCUCCCUGGACCUCACUAGGGCUGACAGCGUAUCGACGCCGGCGGCGCAGGACUACGCCCCGCCGGUGCUGCCGCCGCUGCCGCUGCCGGCCUUCGAGCAGCGCGGCCGCGCCCGCCCCGCCGCCAGCGACCAGGGGUUCAACUUCGAGGCGCUCAGCGACACCGAGCUACAGCAGUACGUCAAACUGCUACUAACAAAACCGCCGAACGUGUCGGGCGGUGGCGACACGCCGCCCAGCCGCGGCAAGCCGGCCGACGUCGACGAGGAGCCCACCAGCGACCGACCUGACAAGGACAGGAAGCCCAAGCGCAGUCUCGGACACAAACCACCCUGGAAGGGACCAUAGCGUGAACUACUUACUGGAAGAAAAGUAGACCACCUAACCUACCUCUACCUCUCUACGAGGCAAAAUAUUGUCAAAUGCAAACCCAGAUGUUUAAAAAAAGAUUUAUUUUUACUCUGCCAAUGUUUCGUCUCUGAAGCCAUAUCAAAUAUGGAAAAAAAAUAAGCAUAAUAUAACAGCAUCAGCCUCGUACAUCUUUUCCAGAUGAUUUAUGCAAUGUCUAUGAGGCUUUUUUCAUGGCUAUACAGGGUGUU